AUGGCUUACAGCGACCUCAAAGGGAAGACGUUCAUCAUUACGGGAGCUAACUCUGGUCAAGGUCGUGCUACUGCGCUUUUGUUGGCGAAACAGGGCGCGAAUUUAGGGCUCUUGGACAUUGUCAAACCGAACGACGUAGUCACCGAAGCUUCGAACCUAAAGGCAAAAGCGCUUGCUUUCCAGGUCGAUGUUGCAGUCUACUCUCAGGUCGAAGAGGCUGUCAGGGCGACAGCCGAUCACUUCGGAGGGGUCGACGGUGCUGCAAAUUUGGCCGGUACAAUUGGUACACAGGGUUGGAAAGGGACAGGAUACUCCCUAGAGGCCAUAGAAGAUCAAGAUUGGGACUUUAUGCUAGGGGUGAAUCUGGACGGUGUCAAAAAUUCACUCAAGGCUGAGCUAAAGUAUAUCAAAGACAAUGGAAGCAUCGUAAACGCCUCCAGUAUCGCUGGCCAAAUGGGUUCGGCGACAAAUGCGCCUUAUGCUGCAGCCAAAUGGGGUGUUAUAGGCUUGAGCAAGAGUGCCGCACAGCAAGGCGGGCAGCGCGGGAUCAGGGUUAACGCUGUCGCUCCCGGGUUCAUCAACACCCCCCUCCUCUAUGCAAUUGGAGACCUCGAUAAAGUAAACCAGUUAGUGGCACAGAAGACGGCUUUGAAGCGUAUUGGUCAGCCAGAAGAAGUCUCGAGGCUUCUGGCCUUCUUGUUGAGCGAUGUGUCUAGUUACAUUACAGCAAGUGUAUGCAUGCCCCUUGAUCGCACGGCUCUUACAGAGGGAUCCACGACUGAUGAGCGUAUAGACUAUCAAUAUAGAUGGAGGUUAUCAAUGAGGCCCGAAAACAAGCCUAGAUAG